AUGCGCUUCGUGACUAUCAUCACUGCCAUGAUCGGCUUCAUCGGCUUCACCGUCGCGGAGCUGGGCUGUGACUCCCAAUACUGCCCAUGUCGAACAGCUUGCAACGGCGAUGAGGCAUGCCGGACUUCGUGUUACAAUGGGCACUGCGCGAAUACUUUUGGCUCUGGCACGGGAGGAGUUCCCUCGUGCUAG